CUCCACUCGUAAGUCAACUAUCGCUCCUCCACUGUCAUCCUGUAAUCCCACCAAUUCUCAUCAGGUGCACCUAAAUUAAAUUCGAUAUACCCCUCAAUACGCUUUUUCAACCUACCCCGCUCACCUAUCUCCCACCAAAAACUUAACCAUCAUGGUCAAAGCAGUUGUUCUCGGUGCUUCUGGUGGCAUUGGCCAGCCGCUUUCCCUCCUCCUCAAAGCCAGUCUUCUCGUUGAUGAACUCGCGCUUUACGAUGUCGUCAAUACACCAGGUGUUGCUUCUGACCUCUCCCAUAUCUCCACCAUUGCUACUGUCAAAGGAUAUCUACCCAAAGACGAUGGCCUUAAGGACGCUCUCACUGGCGCUGAUGUUGUUGUCAUUCCGGCUGGCAUUCCUCGCAAACCCGGCAUGACCCGCGAUGACCUGUUCAAAGUCAAUGCUGGCAUCGUUCAGACCCUCGCCAAGGGUAUCGCAGAGCACAGUCCUAAGGCUUUUGUCCUCAUCAUCUCCAACCCCGUCAACUCCACCGUCCCUAUCGCCGCUGAGGUUCUCAAAGCCGCUGGCGUAUUCGACCCAAAACGCCUCUUUGGUGUCACUACCCUCGAUGUCGUCCGUGCCGAGACCUUCACUCAAGAGUUUACUGGCCAGAAGGACCCGUCAAAAACUACCAUUCCCGUCAUUGGCGGCCACUCCGGCGAGACCAUCGUGCCCCUUUUCAGCCAGGCUAAGCCUGCUGUCCAAAUUCCUACUGAUAGAUACGAUGCUCUUGUAAACCGCGUCCAAUUUGGUGGUGAUGAAGUGGUCAAGGCCAAGGAUGGAACUGGUUCGGCCACCUUAUCUAUGGCUUACGCUGGAUUCCGCUUUUCUGAGAGCGUCAUCAGAGCUUCCAAGGGUGAGUCCGGCAUCGUUGAACCAACUUACGUCUACCUUCCCGGCAUCCAGGGAGGCGACGUCAUCAAGAACCAAGUCGGCUUGGACUACUUUUCCAUCCCCGUAGAACUCGGCAAAUCCGGCGCUGAAAGGGCCCUGGACAUCCUAGGCAGCAUCACGGAACAGGAGAAGAAACUCCUCGAAGUCUGCACCAAGGGCCUCAAGGGCAACAUCGAGAAAGGCAUCGACUUUGUCAAGAACCCACCCACAAAGCUUUAGGGUCAUCAUAUACACAUGUCAAUACACAGGAGGAGGGUCCGCAAACAUACAACAUAGGUCGCGAUCAGACGACGGCAUAUGGAACAAAGAGGAAAAACAAAUCCAUUCAGCGUUCCUCCUCUUUUCUAUACGUGAGAGCCUUGUUAGCAAGCAUGUUGGGGCUGGGUUGAUGGUUUCUUAAGAUCUGAAAAUGGAGAAUGAUGAAUCUUUGAUACAAAAUGAAAAUGAAUAGAACGACAUGUGCUUGAAAAAUGCCA